AUGUACGAACCAUUUUUGAUGCAAGCUCUUUUUGGAUGGUUCAAUGGAUUAAUUAAAGCUAUAUCUCAAGUUUGGCAAUUAGUAGUACCAAAUGAUGUGACAAAAGGCCAAUGUAUUGCAUUAACAAGUUUAGUUGUUACAGGAAUUUUUAUUUACAGAACUGCAUUGCAAGGAUUUUUAUUAUGGAGACUAAAGGGUGUUGACAAUAAAAAAAGAGAUUUAUGGAUUGGCGUCGUGCUGUUUACUGCAAGAGUUGCUUUUAAUUUUGCUCAAUUUUUCCAAAUAAGACCAGAAGCACUUUAUGAUCCCGAAGAAGAUGCCCAUUUUUGUA